AUGGCAGCCCUGAAAAUAGCAAAUGUCAAUUGGCAAUCCAAACUAAAUAAAGCUGCACACCACACCUCUGAUUACAGCAGCACAGAAGCAAUCUUGAGGAGAGGUCAGCCCUUCAACAUCACUCUGAACCUCCAAACAACAGUGCAAUCUGGGGACAACUUCACCUUUAUUGCAAGCACAGGACCAUCUCCAGCAGAAUCGCAGCAGACCAAGGCCAUAUUUAACCUUUCUGAAGAGGGUGCCAGUGGCUGGAGUGCAACCCAAGAGCCCAGUGAGCCUGGCUGCAUGAACUUCAUAAUAUUCAGCCCAGCCAAUGCUGUCAUUGGACGAUACAAACUCAAGCUCCAGAUUGUUUCUGGGAACAAGAUCUCUUCAACACUCCUGGGCCAAUUUGUGCUACUCUUCAAUCCCUGGUGUCCAAACGAUGAUGUCUAUAUGGCUAAUGAAAAGGAGCGAUGGGAAUAUGUCCUGAAUGAGAGUGGAAUCAUAUUUCAGGGACUGGAAAAAUAUAUUCAACAAGAAGCAUGGAACUAUGGACAGUUUGAAGAGGAUAUCCUUGAUAUCUCUCUGGCUAUACUGGAUCGAAGCCUGAACCACUGCCAAGAUCCAGCUGUUGAUGUAUCCAACUGAAAUAAUCCUAUCUAUGUGAGCAGGGUUGUCAGUGCUAUGGUUAACAGCAAUGAUGAAAAAGGAGUAGUGGAAGGGAAGUGGAAUGGAAAGUACUGCUCAGGAACCAACCCCUUGCGCUGGAGUGGAAGCGUGACCAUCCUUCGAAAGUGGUACAGGGGCAGAUACAAACCUGUCCGGUAUGGCCAGUGCUGGGUCUUUGCAGGAGUAAUGUGCACAGUUCUGAGAUCCUUGGGAAUACCUACUCGUGUUAUUACAAACUUCAACUCUGCCCAUGACAGGAAUAUAAAUCUGAGUGUUGAUAAGUACAUUGACAUUUCUGGAAAGACCCUGCACUUGACUGAAGACAGUGUGUGGAAUUUCCAUGUCUGGAAUGAAAGCUGGUUCAUUAGAAGAGAUCUUGGCUCUUUUUAUGAUGGAUGGCAGGUUCUGGAUGCAACACCCCAGGAAAGAAGCAAAGGCAUAUAUCAGUGUGGUCCUGCCUCCACUAGAGCCAUUAAGGAAGGGGACGUGAACCUGGAUUAUGACAGUUCAUUUGUGUUUGCAGCAGUGAAUGCUGACUAUGUUACUUGGAUUCACUAUAGCAACAAAAGAAAAGAGAGAAUUUAUUCUGAUACCAGGAAGAUUGGAAAAUUUAUCAGCACCAAAGCAGUGGGCACCAACUCCCGUGUGGAUGUCACUGCUAAUUACAAAUAUCCAGAAGGAUCCCGGAAAGAAAGGCAGGUGUAUAAAAAGGCACUGAAGCUGCUUCGUGUGAGAAGCACUGGGAAAAGAACCAAAAUUAAAAGACACAGAAGACAAUCUUCAGUAGCAUGGAGACAAAAUAUGACACAGCCUGCACAAACCCCCAGUAUCUCAGGGAAGCUGAUCCUCGAUGCAUCUCCUGUAAUUGGUCAGGAUAUCCUCCUAACCUUGGCACUCAAGAACUUAAUCUCAGAUUUCAAGACUGUAAAGGUUAAACUGAGGGCUUCAGCCAUUCUCUACACAAGAAAACCAAAGGCAGAGAUUUUGCAGUUGUCUAGGUCUCUUAAACUUGGAUCUGAAGAAGUGAAAAAGAUUUCAAUUAGGAUCUCCUAUUCCCAGUACAAAAAUGCUCUGAUGGAUGACAGGAAGAUCCUAGUGACUGCUGUGUGUGAAACCAAACAGGGAGCCUCGCUUCUAGUGGAGAAGGAUAUUGUACUUCAGCGUCCUUUUCUCACGAUCAAGGUCCUCGGUCCAACAGUGGUACACAAGGCUGUUAAUGUGCAGGUCACAUUUACCAACCCACUGCCUGAAGUGGUGACAGACUGUGUCCUGAGAGCAGAAGGUAGUGGCCUGCUCAAAGAGCAACUCACAAUCAAUGUGGCAAGAAUGGACCCCAUGGAGAGCUCAACAGUCCAAUUUGAAAUCAUUCCCUACAGCAGUGGCACCAGGCAGCUUCAAGUGGACUUGGUUUGCAUCCAUUUUUCAGACAUUAAGGGGUUUGUGAUGCUUGAUGUGGCUCCUGCUCAGUGAUAUCACCUGUAUAGUUUUGGCUCUGUUUAUGAGACUGAUGUGGUGUUCAUACAUUACUCUGACUGGGAGCACAGAAGUACUCAGCCAAAGCAAAGUGACACAAUAUGAACAGAAAUUAAGAAAAAGGCACCACUGUCUCAAAAUGCCC